CCUUCUUUCUUUCCAGUCUGCGAUCUCUCUCUUUCUCGUCCGGUAGGAAAUUCCUUUUCUUUCUUUUCGUUCUCUCUCUCUCUCUCUCUCCUUUUUCUUUUUCUCCCAUCAUGCCGACUAUCACCAGAAGCGCCUCCAAGACAAGACUAACGGCAUCCCCGGGUCGGCUGUCGGCACCACGCCGCAUAGCCACCCGACGACACUCGACGAAUGGAGGUGUAUCACCACUCCCGAUAACCACCAGACAGGAAACCCUGUACACCCGACGGAUGACGCGAGGCUCAAUGCCGACCGGGACUGCCCCCACGACAGCUGGAACUUCUGCAUCUGCGAGAAGAACCCUAGUUGGGGUGAGCAUGGUACGCCGGUCGACAUUGCAGCCGGUUAUCGAGGUGGACACAGACGCAACCGACAAAACACCGACUGGACAAACGAUAGAGACUUUCCUCGAGCGAUACCCUGCUGGCGGCCGACGGGUCAAUCCGGUGGAGCGGGCAAGUGCUAUGUUGACUGGUUUCGUGCGUACUAUACGCGACGGCCAGAAAACUAGGGGCUUCUCUGCGCUGCCGAGGGACUGGGAGGCCGCCAUCAGGUCCGUCCUCGUAGUACUGGCCGAGGUAAUCGACGAUAACAAAACAAUGACCACGACAAAAAACACUUCGACAUCGACUGACCCAGCCGAGCCUCUGACAUGUGUGGAGGAGAGCGAGCUAGACCUUGUCGGGGGACCCGAGGAGCGGGGAGCCGAGGGAGAUAAGGAGGUGGUGGCCGAGCCCCCAAACAUGGAGGCCAUGCCGCCCAUUCCACCUCCAGCGGUUCCGCUGCCCCCGGGAAUCUCGAUGAACGAGCUUGCACUCACUCUGCACAUGGCGGAGAUAAUCAGUGAGGCUAAUACGGAACUCUUGAGGAAAAUGGACAGCCUAACAAAAUUGGCAAAAGCAAUAGCAACAGGACAACAACCACAUGACAUAGGCACAACAACCGACUUGGCUAGCGAACAAGAACAAACACCAGACAUCCCUCCAACCACAACGGACAUCCCUCAGACGACAGACGACGCCACAACAUCUGCAAAAACCGGACUGGAAACUAAACGCAGCAAGAAAAAUAAGAAAAAGAACACCAAGACCUCACCCCAGAAAAACGGGACCGACACGGAAAGGAAAAAGGACAACAAAAACGCAAACGGACAAACCCAGAUCAAGGACAAGUCUCACGAACCCGAGGCCGAAUGGACAAAGGUCAUGAGCAAGCAGGCGAAGCGACGGGCUCGGAAGCAGCAACGCAAGCAGGAGGCCGCGGUCAUUGCAGCAGCUCAGUUACAAAAGCCGCAGCCGGAGCAGCAGCAGCCACCGAGGGAGCAACAGUCACCAAAACGCAGCAGUAGGCAGCCGGACGCGCUGGAGGUGGAAACCACCAGGCUGAUCUGCACCAACAUCCCCCCAAGCUGCUCAAACGAGGAGAUCGCCACGGACCUGAGCGCCGCCCUGGGAGUGACGCUGUACGCGGAAUAGAUCAGCACCGCCAAUUCCAGCUACGGAACGCUAGUAGCGUUCUUCGGCUGUCCGGAAGCGGCGGUUACAGAUGCGGUUCUGCAAAAUCAGCACGUCAUCGGGUUCAGUCGGUGCUGUCGGCUGAAGAAGGUGGAGGCGAAGCGCCAGUGCUACCGCUGCUACGAGUACGGCCACAUUGCGUCCCACUGCCGUGGAAAGGACCGGUCGAGCAAAUGCCAUCGCUGCGCAGAACCAAAACACACGGGACAGUGUGUUAAGGAGCGGAAGUGCCUAGUCUGCAAGGGCCCGGAAGCAAUCGGGCACUCGUUUGGACAGCGCCAGUGCCGCCAAGUAGGAGACGUAGUAC